UUUUAUAAUGAGGUUAAAGGUUAAUUAAGUAGUAUGUAUAAGAUACAUGGAUGCCUGAGGAUUCAAUUUAACCGAGGUGUGGUGGAGAAACUAUUGAGCACAACGAGUAUCAUAAGGAACCAUUAUGCUGUACUGGGUGUCCAUGAAGGGGCAAGUGUGGAAGAAAUUAAGGAAUGUUACAUCAAGAAAUGUAAAGAACUCCACCCUGAUAAACAUCAUGGGGACCCAGCCAUGCACGAAAAGAUCGUCAAAAUUAAUGAAGCAUAUCGAGUGUUGAUUGACCAAAAGUCGAGAACUGAAUAUAAUUAUGGAAGAAAUCCCAAAGGAAGCUCGUUUAACCCUGACUAUGAUAUGGUAAGAAUCACUUCCGCAACCAAUAUGCUGGGAAGGAAUACAAAGAAGUGUUUAAAGGAACGCAGAAGAAUGUACUAGCUUGUGCUAUUCUUACAUUCAUUAUAAUGUACACUGUUCUUGUUUGCCAGUUCAUUUUAAAACCUCCAAAACCUCAAGGUCCCGGAACCAGUGAUUUAAAUUUGGUCCAAACUAAGUUAGGCAACGAAUAUAAACGCUCGAGGCCAACGAGUGAUCGUAGGGUAAAAACACCAACAGGAAUUAAUAAAGACAAAACGUAGCUAAGAUAUUACAAUUGUUGAAAUUAUUCUCUUUUAUUUAAAGUAAAUUACAGCAGCAGUCAAUACCAAAGGUGUCUCAGUUUUUAGUGUUUAACAAAACUCUUGGGUGACAUUGUUGCAGUUAUAGUUAUUGUUGUGAAUGCAUUGCUUAUUUGUGUAAGCUGGACACCCAACAACAGGGUAAUACCCUUUCUUAAGGUGAAAAAUUAAUGUGCUAAAACAUGUGAUGUCAACCCUGUUUUAAAAGGAUGUUCAACAUCUAAUCCCCAACAUUACAAUGGCAAAUAUUGUUGCUGGGUGAGUCAAACCAAUUUAAAUCACUGCUUCAAAUUUGCAAGUAUAUAUUGGUUUAUAUAUAUAUAUAAACAUAAUAUAUUUAUGUUGUUUGGGGUGCACCACCUUAACUAAUUCCUGAAUUUCUGCCAGUGGUGAAUUGUGUUUUUGUUUAAAUGGCAGAAUAUUUUAUCACUGUGAUUUAUUGGCAUUAUAUAUAUAUGUUAUUGCAG